GUGUCGGGCGCCAGCGUGACGGACCCCCGGGAUGUUCUCCUCUUAGUCCGCUCCGGAAACGCCACUGCGGACGGAAAUAUCACAUGAUCUUAACGUCGACGCGCCCGCGCCGGCUGAACGGACGCCCUCGGUUUCCGCGGGCUAGCGUUUGUGCCUUCGGUCCUUUUUUUCCCCCACGGUGUUGUGGCGUUUGGGGUCUUCUUCUCCAGACUCUCGGGGCCUGCUUUGGAAUUUCGCGAUGUACCACAACAGUAGCCAGAAGCGGCACUGGACUUUCGCCAGUGAGGAGCAGUUGGCACGACUGCGGGCAGACGCCAACCGCAAAUUCAAGUGCAAAGCGGUGGCCAACGGGAAGGUUCUUCCAAAUGAUCCAGUCUUUCUUGAGCCUCAUGAAGAAAUGAUACUUUGCAAAUACUAUGAGAAGAGAUUAUUAGAAUUCUGUUCAGUGUUUAAGCCAGCAAUGCCAAGGUCUGUCGUGGGUACAGCUUGUAUGUAUUUCAAGCGUUUUUAUCUUAAUAACUCAGUAAUGGAAUAUCACCCCCGGAUAAUAAUGCUCACUUGUGCAUUUUUGGCCUGCAAAGUAGAUGAAUUCAAUGUGUCUAGUCCGCAGUUCGUUGGAAAUCUGCGGGAGAGUCCUCUUGGACAAGAAAAGGCACUUGAACAGAUUUUGGAAUAUGAACUGCUUCUUAUACAGCAACUUAAUUUCCACCUUAUUGUCCACAAUCCUUAUAGACCGUUUGAGGGCUUUCUCAUUGAUUUAAAGACUCGCUAUCCCAUGAUGGAGAAUCCAGAGAUGUUGAGGAAAACAGCUGAUGACUUUCUUAAUAGAAUUGCAUUGACAGAUGCUUACCUUUUAUACACACCUUCCCAAAUUGCCCUGACUGCCAUUUUAUCUAGUGCAUCUCGAGCAGGAAUUACUAUGGAAAGUUAUUUGUCAGAAAGUCUGAUGCUGAAAGAGAACAGAACUUGCUUGUCGCAGUUACUAGAUAUAAUGAAAAGUAUGAGAAACUUGGUAAAAAAAUACGAGCCUCCCAGAUCUGAAGAAGUUGCUGUUCUGAAACAGAAGUUGGAGAGAUGUCACUCUGCUGAGCUUGCCCUUAACGUAAUUACGAAGAAGAGGAAAGGCUAUGAAGAUGAUGAUUAUGUCUCAAAGAAACCCAAACAUGAAGAGGUAUGUUCUUCAAAGGAAGAAUGGACUGACGACGACCUGGUAGAUUCUCUCUAACCAACUGAAAUUGACUUUCCAGCGCUGACUAAUCAACAGAAGGAUGAAGCACACCUGGCAUUUAACUUUACUGAAAAAUGAAAUAAUGUGAAGGCAUCAAAUAUAUUAAACUUUUCUAUUUAAUUUUUUUUUUCCUUUCAGUAUAGCUUUAUGUGAAAACCUGUGGAAGGAGCCAGAAUAGCACCAGGUUUAGUCUUAAUACAGUAGUCAAAGCUGUAAUUUAUUUGCCUAUAUUGUUUUAAACAAAAGAAACCUAUUUUUCUAAGAAAAGCACCAAAAAAGGUCACAAAAUUUAAAACCGAGUAAUCAGCUUUAACCAUGCUAGGGAGUGUUUUUCGCCCUCUAGAAACCUUUAUAAAUGCCUUCUCAAAGUCAUCGUGAUAAGACUUAGCUUGCUUGUAUGUAACUACCGAACUACAAAAUGCACUUCAACUGGCAAGUGCUUCAACUGUGAAACUGAAAGCUGGUUACCUAAGGUAAUCAUAAUCCGUAUGUGUUGUCCUCAAUUAGUUACCCGAAAACAUUACCAAGUAUGUUCUAAAGAAAGAAGAAAUGAAACACGCAGUCUUGAAUAGAGGUCUAGAUAAAAAGAUUAAGUUGCUGUAGGUCAGCAGAUGGUCACAAAUUGAAUAUUCAGUUUCAAAACUAACACAUUAUUCAGGUGAAUCCAUAUAAAUAAAUAGGUGUACAGUUAUUAAGAACUUAUCAAAUAAAAUAUGUUCAAGAAAUUUAAUUCAAAUUGAAAUGAGUUGAUAAAGAUGUACCUGCAGACUAUGGUACUAAAAACACGUGGAUAUGAUCUGGGCUGUCUCGUUCACUUGAUGACUCCGGUCAAGUUCUGAAGCUCUCUGCUAAUUUCCCAAGGUGCAAAUGGGAAAAAUAAUGCCUACUUUUUCCAGGAUUAAUGGGAAUAUUGCUUGCAUAUACUAAGUGUUCAGUAAGUGUUGCAUAUUAAUAGCAUUUGUUAAAGUAUUUAACUGUGAUCUUAUUCGGUUUCUAAGUUGGAACCAAAUCAUGAAUGUCUGCUGAAUUUUUUCUAGAAAACUGGGUUGCAGGAAUUCUGAGAAACUCAGUAGCCCUGUAAAUCUGAAUUUGGUGGAUACACAGCUGUCCUCAGUGUCCGUGCAUCCCAGGCUGCACGUGCCAUUAGAGUGUAGGUACCAUUUUAAUUCCAAUCUCAGUAUGUGAAGGCAGUAUUUACUAUAUGCAUAUUCUAAUACUUCUUUACAUUUUAGGUCUGAAGUUUUUGGUUUUAGUUCCUUCUCAUUGUGGAAUUUGGAAUGAAAUUGAUGAAGUGUGAUUUUACAAACAUGGACUGGAAGAAGCCAAAGUUGACAAUCUUCCAGUGCAGUCCAAGUUAAGUAGCAGUGCUGCUAGCCUCUAGACAGCAUUGCAGAGUGUUCAUAAUUUAUCUUGUCUUUUAAGUCCCUAAACUUUGGUAUCAGAGCAAGGUCCACAUUUAUUAUUUCUGAAAAGUCUGCUACCCCGCACCAUUAAGAAAGUUUGAGGUUUUAUUUCCUCUUUGACCCAACUAGUUACUGAAGGAGUACAAGGUAAAUGACACCUUUCCUAUUUCAGCUUAAGAGAGAAAGAUGGCAUUAAAAUAUAAAAGGUAGAAGAGGAAAUUUCAGCCUGGUCAGUAUGGCUGAAGACAAGACUGAGGGGGGAGGACUAAGUUGCCUCGCCCUAGAAUUUGGACCUCUUUGGAUAGUGUUUAAGAGUUUUUGGGGAUGUCGCUAGUCCAUAUCCCUUCCACUCUAUCCUGUAACCCAAAUGGGAUACUGCCAUGGUAGUCCAGCUGUAAUGCAGGAGUGAGGGGAAAAAAGUAAAGUAACAGGAAUUGAACUGACACCAAGGAAAAGGGGUACAGGAGAGUAGACUGGGUGUUUGGCUGUUGAACAUCAAUGUUCACCUGCUCCACAGAAGCAACAGCCUCUAAUAGCUUAAAACUUUGCUAUGCAUCAGUCUUAUAAAUCCUUGUUUUUUUUCCUGUAUUUUAAAGUGUUAACUAAAGUGUUGCUCUUGGGAUCUAGUCCUUUAGAAAAUUAUUUUUUCUUUUACCAUGGAAAAUGCUUUUCUGCCGUGUACUUUUCGGUAUGCCUUCUCUCUCCUGCACAAUUACGGGAGGGAAGGAAUUGUUACUUUCUUCUCCCUGGGCCUUGCUCUGGUACUAAAUUUGAACUGCCCCUAAAAGGAGGAAGAAAAUAAUGAAAUUGAAUGCAUAGCUGUAUUUAGACAGGAGUAAUCAAUUAUUCAAGAUAUCCCUUGGUUUUAUUUUAACUUAAACCCUUGUGAAUACUUCACAAAAAUACAUAUACAGAAGCAAAUAAAACUAUAAUACAGUCAAACUAUGCAGCAGAUAGAACAAGUAGUCAGAAGUUCGGAGAUGGAUGGAUAGCUGUGUAAAAAAUCAAUUUGGAAAUGAGUACUUUCAACAAAAGCAUUCCAGAUAUUUUUAGACACAUAAAAUAAAUUGGUAAUCUAUAGAAUGGAUGAAUGGGUAACAUGCAUUGAUCAGUACAACGACCAACAAUAUUUAUUGAAUUCAAACUAUUUACUGUUGUAAACAUUUAACGAAAGCAUCAUGAGAUCUAAAUACAGCCUUUGACAAUUACAACAAAAUAAGUGGUAUGUUUAAAAAAUAAAGCUGAUGAGCAAUAGAUC